AUGAAACUCGCCGCAGUUGUAUUUGCUUUGACAGCGGUGCUGUCCGGCGUGACGCCUGCGCCAGAAUAUAUCCCUGAGGAGAAUCAAACUCCGAAGCGGGCGCUGCCAAACGCCCCCGAUGGAUAUACACCUACCAACGUCAGUUGCCCGUCCAGUCGUCCAACAGUGCGCAGUGCAGCGAAACUGUCGCCGAGCGAAUCCUCAUGGCUGCAAACUCGACGGAACAAGACUAAGUCUGCGCUGAAAGACUUCUUUGGUCAUGUGAAGAUUAAAGAUUUCGAUGCUGCGGGUUACAUCGACAAAUUCUCUAGCAAUGCCUCAAGCCUUCCGAAUAUUGGUAUUGCAUUCUCUGGCGGUGGCUAUCGCGCUCUUAUGAAUGGCGCCGGUGCGAUCAAGGCCUUUGAUAGUCGUACUAAAAACUCAACUCGCAGUGGCCAAUUGGGCGGGCUGCUACAAUCAGCAACGUAUGUGGCUGGUCUGAGUGGUGGUGGAUGGCUGGUGGGCUCUAUAUAUGUUAACAAUUUCACUACCAUUUCCGACCUGCAGACUCCCAAAAAGGGUGGUGUCUGGCAAUUUCAGAAUUCUAUUUUUGAAGGCCCUGCUGAAGGUGGCAUUCAGCUCCUCGACUCAGCGGACUACUGGAAGGAUCUUGUUGAAGAUGUCUCGGACAAGAAGGAUGCUGGAUUUAAAACUACGAUCACAGACUACUGGGGCCGAACAUUAUCGUAUCAGCUCAUCAAUGCUACCGAGGGUGGACCUAGCUAUACAUGGUCAUCCAUUGCCCUGACCAAUUCAUUUAAGAAGGCCGAUAUGCCAAUGCCACUUCUUGUUGCGGAUGGUCGGAACCCUGGUGAGCUUGUGAUUAGCAGCAAUGCCACUGUCUACGAAUUUAAUCCCUGGGAGUUUGGCUCUUUUGACCCCACGGUAUUUGGGUUUGCUCCCCUUGAAUACCUCGGUUCUCCAUUUAACGGUGGAUCUUUGUCUACGAGCACGAAAUGUGUCCGGGGAUUUGACAAUGCUGGGUUCGUUAUGGGCACUUCGUCCUCUUUGUUCAACCAGUUCUUUUUGCAAAUCAACUCUACUUCUCUCCCUGGUUUCUUCAAGUCAACAAUCAAAGAUAUCCUGAAGGAGAUUGGUGAAGAUGAUGAUGACAUUGCGGCGUAUACACCAAACCCAUUCUACAAUUGGUCCAGGGAGACUUCUCCAGUUGCGAACGAUAAGGAGCUUGAUAUUGUGGACGGUGGCGAGGAUUUACAGAACAUCCCGCUUCAUCCUAUAAUCCAGCCUGAGAGACAUGUGGACGUCAUCUUCGCAAUUGACUCCUCCGCUGAUACGAACAACAACUGGCCCAAUGGUACUUCUCUUGUGGCCACCUACCAGCGCAGCCUUAAUUCCUCUGGAAUUGGCAACGGUACUGCAUUCCCUGCAGUUCCCGAUCAGGAUACCUUCGUCAACAGCGGUUUGAACAUGCGCCCGACGUUCUUUGGAUGUAAUAGCUCGAACACUACUGGCCCAACGCCUCUAAUCGUGUACAUUCCGAAUUAUCCUUAUGGAACAUACUCGAACGUGUCAACUUUCGACCCCAGCUAUAAGGAAUCGCAGCGAGACAGUAUCAUUCUCAACGGAUACGAUGUCGCAACCAUGGCGAACAACACUCGGGACCGUAACUGGUCUACCUGCGUUGGCUGUGCUGUCCUCAGUCGGUCCUUUGAGCGCACCAAGACCAAGGUGCCCGACAUUUGCAACCAGUGCUUCAAGAGGUACUGUUGGGAUGGCAAGACGAAUAGUACUAGUGAAUCUGGUGGCUAUGAGCCCGUUGCCUGGCUGAAUGGAAGCUCCACUGCCUCUUGA